ACCCCGUUGUUAAUGGUUUAGCCCAGCUGAUGAAGGACACACGUGGAGCCUGUGAGUGAGUUAUGCCUCUCUGGUGGAGGCAGGCAGGAGAACUCGGAGCCGACCCAGCCAGCCACCACCACCACCACCUUGAGCCACGCAGGAGAGAAGUCCCCCGGGCGCAGCAGCGGAGGAGGGGAGGAGACGGGAGGGACACAGCUCGGAUCUCUCAGCCAGACACCACGAACCAGUGGUUCAUCCCAGCGGUGCGAGGGGACAUUCCCCCUGGAUGUGCUGCCUAUGGUUUUGUCUGUGAUGGGACCCGUCUGCUGGUCUUCGGGGGAAUGGUGGAAUACGGGAAGUACAGUAAUGAUCUCUACGAGCUGCAGGCUAGCCGGUGGGAAUGGAAGAAACUGAAGCCCAAGCCGCCCAAGAACGGGUCGUUGCCAUGCCCGCGCUUGGGGCACAGCUUCUCCCUGGUUGGGAACAAGUGCUACCUCUUUGGAGGGUUGGCCAAUGACAGUGAGGACCCCAAGAACAACAUUCCACGUUAUUUGAAUGAUGUUUACAUCUUGGAGCUGAGGCCAGGCUCAGGGGUGCUGAGCUGGGACAACCCCAUCACCUACGGGGUGCUCCCCCCUCCACGGGAAUCUCACACCGCGGUCAUCUACACUGACAAGGACAUCAAAAAAUCCAAGCUGGUCAUCUACGGUGGGAUGAGUGGCUGCCGACUUGGGGACCUCUGGACGUUGGACAUCGAUACACUAACCUGGAACAAACCUAACGUGAACGGUGUCUCCCCACUUCCACGCAGUCUGCACUCUGCCACCACUGUUGAAAACAAAAUGUACGUUUUUGGAGGCUGGGUCCCGUUAGUCAUGGAUGAUGUCAAGGUGGCAACGCACGAGAAAGAAUGGAAGUGUACCAACACGCUGGCCUGUCUGAACCUGGACACGAUGACCUGGGAGCCCGUCAUCAUGGACGCGCAGGAGGACAACCUCCCCCGAGCUCGGGCCGGCCACUGCUCAGUGGCCGUCAACUCCCGUCUCUACAUCUGGAGCGGGAGGGAUGGGUAUCGCAAAGCCUGGAACAACCAGGUGUGCUGCAAGGACCUGUGGUACCUGGAGACAGAGAGGCCGCCGGCUCCUUCGAGGGUGCAGCUGGUCCGAGCCAAUACCAACUCGCUGGAGGUGAGCUGGGGGGCUGUGCCCACCGCCGAUUCCUACCUGCUGCAGCUCCAGAAGUACGACAUCCCCGCCGCCUCGCCCGCCGCCCACCCGCUGCCUUCCGUGCCCGCCGGCCAGCCCAAGAGCCCGGCCCCCGCCUCGGCCGCCCCCUCGCCCCAGCAGGUGGGCGUCUCGCUCCUGCCGCAGCCGGGGGCGGCCGUCCCCUGCACGUCACCGGUCGCGGCCGCCCUGCCGUCUCCGCAGACCCUGCUGGGCAGUGCCACCGGAGUCCGAGGCCCAGGCACAACGGCAGUCCUGCGGGUGGCCUCGCCUCAGGCGUCCACAGUCCUGUCGAGCGGGACCUCCCUCAUCGCCGUGCGGCAGACGGGGACCCAAGGGAAGGUUCCAGGCACCGUGACGUCGUUGCCCACCGGGGUCCGCAUGGUGGUGCCAGCCCAGGGCACCCAAGGCAUGGCGAUGGGCGGCAACACGCAGAUGAGUGGGAUGGCGGCGCUGGCGGCGGCUGCGGCGGCCACGCAGAAGAUCUCGCCCACCGCCGCCACCACCACCACCAUCUCCACCGUGCUCGGCGUCCCAGGCUCGACGAUGGUCAAGACUGUGGCCGUUGCUCCAGGCUCCACGCUGCCGGCGACAGUCAAGAUGGCGUCCUCUCCCAUAAUGGUGAGCAACCCAGCCACGCGGAUGUUGAAGACAGCAGCGGCUCAGGUAGGGACUUCGAGCACGGCUGGAACGCCCAUGCGGCCGAUCAUAACCGUUCACAAGUCCGGCACGGUGACUGUGGCUCAGCAGGCACAAGUGGUGACCACGGUGGUGGGAGGGGUGACUAAAACCAUCACGCUGGUGAAGAGCCCUAUCUCUAUGGCUGGUGGAAGUGCACUGAUCUCCAGCCUGGGCAAGAUGGUGUCGCUGGUUCAGACGAAACCCGUCCAGUCGGGAAUGGUGACUGGUCAAGCGACAUCGAGCCCCGUCACGCAGUACAUACAGACCAAAGGCCCCCUCCCCCCAGGGGCCACCAUCCUGAAGCUGGUGACGUCGGCUGACGGGAAGCCCACCACCAUCAUCACCACCACGCAGGCGGGAGGAGCCGCCGUGUCCAAGCCCACCAUCCUUGGCAUCAGCAGCAUGUCGCCCAACGCCGCCAGCAAGCCUGGCACGACCACCAUCAUCAAGACCAUCCCGGUGUCGGCACUCAUGGCUCAGCAGGGGACGGCAGGAGUCACGAGCAACACUGGGAUAAAAUCUCCGAUCACCAUAUUCACCACCAAGGUGAUGACCUCAGGGACGAACAGCCCCGCCAAGAUCAUCACGGCCGUGCCAAAGAUCAGCGGAGGAACAGGCCAGCAAGGGCUGACACAGGUGUUACUGAAAGGGGCCCCGGGGCAGCCCGGCACCAUCCUUCGGACGGUCCCUGUCAGCGGCAUGCGGCUGGUGACACCGGUGACAGUCUCGGCGGUGAAGCCGGCCGUCACCACGCUGGUGGUCAAAGGCACCACAGGCGUGACCACGCUCGGCACCGUGACCGGCUCCAUCGGCGGGACCGCUGGCGUCGGCGGCUCAGCCGCCAGCCUCACCGGCACCGUGGGCACCUUCUCCAGCCAGCUGAUCAACCCGGCCGUCAUCACCGUCUCCGCGGCGCAGUCCGGCCUGGCGGUGGCCGGCGGCCUCACCAGCACCACCACGCCGUCCGUGGCAAUGCAGUCUGCGUCGGAGCCCACCCGGGUCACGUUGAUCGCCGCGCCCACCGGAGUGGAGACGUCGUCGAUCCAGGAGCUGCCGGUGACCAUCCUCGCCUCCCCCACCACCGAGCAGCCCACGCUGGCGCACUUGCCAGAGGGCGGGCAGGCUGAGGGGCAGGCGUCCGGGAACCUGCCGCUGGUCUGCUCGAACCCGCCCCACGAGACGUCGGAGACCAACACCACCAACACGGCCACGACGGUCACUGCCAACAUGGGUGCCAACCAGGUCCAGCCGCCACCCACCAAUGCACAGGGCCUCCCGGAGACGGUCCACGGGGAAACAGCGACGGCGGGCACGACUAACACGGCGACCACUGUGUCUGCGGCGCAGAGCGGGGCCAACACCACGGUGACGCAGUCGACCCCGGCGCCUGGCCCCUCCAUCUCGGGUGUCUCUUCGAAACCGGAAAGCGCCGACGCGGCGACAUCGACGGAGCAGCCGGCCGCCCCGAGCGCCGCCGAGCAGGCGCCGCCGGCCCCGGACCCGGCCCCCGAGCCCUCGCCGGCUGGGGCUGAGGGUCCGCCGCAGGUGGCGCCGGCGGAGGCCGCCCCGCCCCUGCCGACCGGCGAGGGGGCGACCCCGGAGCAGCUGACCCCGCCGCAGGAGCUGAUGGCGGAGACGCUGGACGGGCCGGGCGAGCUGACGGGCCUGACGCCGGAGGAGCUGGCGGUGACGGCGGCCGCCGAGGCGGCGGAGCAGGCGGCCGUGUCGGAGGAGGUGCAGGCCCUGGCUCUCCAGGCGGUGCUGCAGGCCGCCCAGCAAGCUGCGAUGGGUCCCGGGGAGGCGAUGGACAUGGCGGAGCCGAGGCAGCAGCCGCCGCCGCACGAGUCGAACCUGGGUCAACUGAGCACCGAGGCCAACGACGCCCAGACGGACCUCCCGCUCGCCGUGCUCGCGCACCAGGACCUGGCGGUGCUGGUCCAGCAGCAGCAGCAGCAACAGCAGCAGCAGCUCCAGGCGGCCGGGCAGAGCCAGCCCCAGCUGCCCACCGAGGCCCUGGCGCCUGCCGACAGCCUCAAUGACCCGGCGGCCGAGAGCAACGGGCUGGGCGAGCUGACCAGCCCCGUCGCCAACGCCGGCGCCCACCCCCUCCUCCCCCCGGCAACCACCGAGAGUCUGGCGCCCUCCAGUUCUCUCACCUCGCCGCAGCCGGUAUCUGCGGCAAGCCCCGGCAAACUGCAGGCGGCGGCGGCGCUAGCGGAAGUGGCGAACGGGAUCGAGUCCUCCGCUGUGAAGCGGGACGCGGCCCCCACAGCCUCCAAGCCCCCCGCCAAGAAGGAUCUGAACCAGUGGGUCGACGUUGGAGUAAUCAAGGGGACGACGACUGUGGUGACCCAUUAUCACCUUCCGCUUGAUGGCACGUCUGUCAGAGAUGAUGAUUCCGCCACGAUCCCGGACCACAGCCAGCUGAAACGCCAGGAGCUGCAGCCGGGGACCGCCUACAAGUUCCGCGUCGCCGGCAUCAACGCCUGCGGGCGAGGUCCGUUCAGCGAGAUCUCUGCCUUCAAAACGUGUUUGCCGGGCUUCCCUGGGGCUCCCUGCGCCAUCAAGAUCAGCAAGAGUCCGGAUGGGGCCCAUCUGACGUGGGAACCACCCUCCAUGACGUCGGGCAAGAUCAUCGAAUACUCUGUGUACCUUGCCAUCCAGAGCACCCAGUCUAUGGAGCUGAAGCCCAACAGCCCAGCACAGUUGGCCUUCAUGCGCGUCUACUGCGGCCCCAACCCCUCGUGCCUGGUCCAGUCUGCCAACCUCUCCAACGCCCACAUCGACUACACAACCAAGCCUGCCAUCAUCUUCAGGAUAGCAGCCAGGAACGAGAAAGGCUACGGACCCGCCACACAAGUCAGGUGGCUACAAGAAACCAACAAAGACGGCACGGUGGUGAAGCCGGCGGUGAAACGAACCAUAAGCUCCCCGGAAACGAAAUCGUCAAACAUCCCAAAAAAGACGAAGUCGGAUGGCCAGUGAAUUUUUU